UCAUCGCCACGUGAGCAAGGGGGUGGGCUACGGAACCAUUUCCUACUUGUUCCAAGAAUCACCAAAGGAUCUCUCUCACAAACGAGAACAAAACCCUAAUUUUUGAGCUCAAAAUCCAUAAGGAAUAAGCGUGUCUUUAUGCCCAGCGCACUGAUUUAAGCUGGUUUUUUGCCACUCUUUCUUUAACAAUAGUCCAAAGUGAAAACCAGAUUCUGCUAAUUUAUACACGAGGUUAUGAUUGUACCUUCGGUCAAUUGUUCCCGAGGCAUAGGCGUGGGUUUCUGAAUUUAUUGGAGUUUUUAGCUGGAAACAUUUGUCUGCAGCUAGUGUUUUUCAGAGCUCUGUUCUUGUCUAAGAGAUGCAUGAAUUGGUUGCAGAAGCAGCUAUGAAUCACUCUUAAUAAGUUUUGGGUUUUUUUUUUUUUUUGAGGAAUAUAGUAAAGUCAAAGAAGACAAAUUUACUGGAACUUUGGUUCCUUUUCAUGUUUAUAAAAGGUGGAAUUAGCUCAAAUUGAUACUUUUAGAUUCAGAUUCUGUUCAGGCAGUGUCUCAGUCAAACUUGAACCAUUUCAGGCUUCUGUGGAGAAUUCAAUUGAAGAGACGUUUUUACUGGUAUUUGGGGACUUUUUUAUGUUUAAUAGAGGUGAAGUUAUUUUUGAUUGGUAGCUUUAGGUUUGGAUUCUGGUUAUGUGAUGUCUGGUUCAAACAAAAGGUGGAUCGAUGGCCUUCAAUACUCAUCUCUCUUCUGGCCUCCUCCACAAGAUCAACAGCAGCGACAGGCACAAAUUAUGGCUUAUGUUGAACUUUUCGCACAGUUCACAUCAGAACAUUUCCCUGAUGACAUCUCAGAGCUUAUCCAGAGCCGUUAUCCAAGCAAAGAAGUUUGCCUUUUGGAUGAUGUGUUGGCAAUCUUUGUUCUUCACCAUCCUGAACAUGGGCAUGCAGUUAUUCAUCCAAUACUUUCAUGUAUAAUUGAUGGGACUUUGAUAUAUGAUAAAGGAAACCCUCCUUUCAGUUCUUUUAUAUCUUUGUUCAGCCCAAGUAGUGAGAAGGACUAUUCUGAGCAGUGGGCUCUGGCAUGUGGAGAAAUAUUGAGGGUGUUGACUCACUAUAACCGACCAAUAUUUAAGGUUGAAAAGCAGAACUGUGAAUUAGAAAGGAGUAGCAGUGGUAACUAUGCUACAACUAGCAGUGGCAGAGAAGGAAAAGCCUGCCAUCCACUUCUGAUGGAACCUGAAAAGAAACCAUUAAGGCCUCUCUCUCCAUGGAUUACAGAUAUAUUGCUUGCUGCCCCUCUGGGUAUUAGAAGUGAUUACUUUCGUUGGUGUGGUGGUGUCAUGGGUAAGUAUGCAGCUGGUGGAGAGCUCAAACCACCUACAACAGCUAGUGGUCGUGGAUCUGGCAAGCAUCCUCAACUUAUGCCUUCAACUCCACGAUGGGCUGUUGCAAAUGGAGCUGGUGUUAUUUUAAGUGUUUGUGAUGAAGAGGUUGCCCGUUAUGAAACUGCAAAUCUGACAGCAGCUGCUGUUCCUGCACUGUUACUUCCUCCACCAACAGCUGCUGAUGAGCAUUUAGUCGCUGGAUUACCUGCCCUUGAGCCAUAUGCCCGUUUAUUUCAUCGUUACUACGCAAUAGCAACUCCAAGUGCAACACAAAGGCUUCUCCUUGGCCUUCUAGAAGCUCCACCCUCAUGGGCUCCAGAUGCACUUGAUGCUGCUGUACAACUUGUGGAACUCCUUCGAGCAGCUGAAGAUUACGCAACCGGCAUGAGGCUUCCAAGAAAUUGGAUGCAUCUGCAUUUUCUUCGUGCAAUUGGCAUUGCUAUGUCCAUGAGAGCAGGCAUUGCGGCAGAUGCUGCAGCAGCAUUGCUUUUUCGUAUACUUUCACAGCCUACUUUGCUUUUUCCACCUCCAAGGCAUACUGAAGGAAUUGAAGUUCAAAAUGAACCUCAGGGUGGAUCGAGUUCAGCCUAUAGAAAGCAGGUUGAAGUCACUGCUGCUGAAGCUACUAUUGAGGCUACAGCACAAGGGGUUGCCUCACUAUUAUGUGCCCAUGGCCCUGAGGUUGAAUGGCGGAUUUGCACCAUAUGGGAAGCUGCUUAUGGUUUGCUCCCUUUAAGUUCAUCAACUGUCGAUCUUCCUGAAAUAGUAGUUGCUACUCCACUCCAACCGCCUGUUUUAUCAUGGAAUCUCUACCUACCUCUCCUAAAGGUGUUAGAAUAUCUUCCUCGAGGUAGCCCAUCUGAAGCUUGCCUGAUGAGGAUAUUUGUAGCUACAGUUGAAGCGGUUCUUCGAAGAACAUUUCCACCUGAAUCCUCGAAAGAACAAACCAGAAGGCCUAGACACCCUCAUGGGGGUAUCGGCUCUGCCUCUAAAAACUUGGCAGUUGCAGAGCUUCGCACAAUGGUACACUCACUGUUUAUUGAAUCUUGUGCUUCUAUGGACCUUGCAUCUCGGCUUCUAUUUAUUGUGAUUACAGUUUGUGUGAGCCAUGAAGCUUUACCAGAAGGGAGCAAAAAACCCACAGGUGGUGAGAUUGGUCCCUCGGAUGAAGGCCCAGAAGAGAAACAGAUAGCGCUAAAUGCCAAACGAACAAUUGGGAGGAACAAAACUAUCAAAAAGCAAGGCCCAGUUGCUGCAUUUGAUUCUUAUGUAUUAGCAGCCGUUUGUGCUCUAGCUUGUGAGCUUCAAUUGUUUCCUUUAAUUUCACAGACUAUUAAAUGCUCAGACUCAAAAAAUUCUUUAACCAGCGCUCCGGCUGCAAAUAUUAAUGGAGGUCCUAAUCAAUUACAAAAUGGUAUAUGCUCUGCAAUUUCUCAUACCCAUAGGCUAUUAGGAAUUCUAGAGGCCUUAUUUUCAUUGAAGCCAUCAUCAGUGGGCACAUCGUGGCAUUAUGGUUCAAAUGAGAUCGUUGCUGCUGCCAUGGUGGCUGCUCAUAUUUCAGAAUUAUUUGGGAGAUCAAAGGCUUGUACGCAUGCUCUUUCUGUUUUAAUGAAGUGCAAAUGGGAUAAUGAAAUUCACACUAGGGCCUCUUCGCUCUAUCACCUUAUCGACAUCCACGGCAAAGCUGUUGCCUCCAUUGUAGACAAGGCCGAACCACUUGAAGCAAAUAUAGUGCAUGCCUCAGAUAGGAAUGAUGCUCCUAUAUCCUUUAAAGGUAGAAAGCAUAUUAAAUCAUCAAGCUUUGAAGAGGAUAACAUACCACAUGAGAAGACUGAAAGUACUAAAGAGUCGGAAGAAUUCCUAAAAAGUGAAAAAGCAAACUUCUUAACAGAUGUCAUGCUCAGUGGCUCGGGGAAGAGUAUUGCUGGUGUGACUGUGGAUGCAUCAGACCUUGCUAAUUUUCUCACCAUGGAUAGAUAUUUAGGCAUUAAUUGUAAUGCGCAGAGCCUUUUAAGAUCAUUUCUUGCUGAGAAGCAAGAGCUAUGUUUUGCUGUUGUGUCUUUGUUGUGGCAUAAGUUGAUUGCAACCCCUGAAACACAAAUGAUCAUAGAAAGCACAUCUGCCCAACAAGGUUGGAGGCAGGUUGCCGAUGCUUUAUGCAAUGUUGUCGUGGCAUCACCAGCGAAAGCAUCAACUGCUGUAGUUCUUCAGGCGGAAAGGGAUUUGCAGCCCUGGAUUGCUAGAGAUGAUGGCCAAGGACAUGAGAUGUGGAGAAUCAACCAACGUAUAGUCCAUUUGGUGGCAGAGCUCUUGCGAAAUCAUGAUGCUCCGGAAGCAUUGAUGAUUUUAGCCAGUGCUUCCGAUCUUCUUCUUCGUGCUACUGAUGGUAUGCUUGUUGAUGGAGAAGCCUGCACGUUACCACAGCUAGAGCUCCUAGAAGCGACAGCCAGAGCCGUGCAACUUUUCCUUAGUUGGGGGGAGUCUGGUUCCUCUGUUGCAGAUGGCCUUUCAAACCUAUUGAAGUGUCGUCUACCUGCCACCAUCCAUUGCUUGUCUCAUCCAAGUGCCCAUGUUCGUGCCCUUAGCACUUCACUUCUUCGAGACAUUCUUAACAUUGGUUCACCAAAGUCCAACUUUGCAGAAGAAGACAUUAGGGGAAUCCCUGUACCCCCAUAUCGAAACAUAAGCAUAGGCACCAUCGAUUGGCGCUCGGACUUAGAGAAAUGCUUGGCAUGGGAAGCUCGUAAUAGGAGAGCGACUGGCAUGACCCUCACAUUUCUUUCUGCUGCUGCCAAAGAGUUAGGGUGUGCUAUUUCUGUCUAAAUUAUCAAGACUGAAAUCUAUGACAGAUUCCACGAGACAGAACUGUUACAUUAGCUGAUCUUCUGAUCCAAUAGAGAGUAACCCAUCGUAUCUUACACGAUUUUAACUGCCAAUUUAGCUUUAUGUGGCCGAUAUACAACGAGGCCAAACAUUUCUUGUUAGUCAAGAGCAUUUGUAUGUAAUCAUAAAUGUACGAUUUUGAGGAAGCGGUAGAGAUUGCUUCCAACUUAUUCUUGUAGAUAUGUAGUGGUAAUAAUAGCGUUGUAUCCGUCUGGUUCUUGUAUCAUGGAGGGAUCACAAUGAUGAAAUGAAGACCCGAGAUUUGGUCGUUUUGGUUA